CUGUCAGUGGAUCCACUAAGUGAACGGUCUACACGUGCUGGUGAUCGUGUUGGCCGCGGUGCUGGUGACGGCGGUCGUGUCCUGUGUGUUGGGCCACUCUAAGAUGGGCGCGAGACUCUGGUCUCAUCGACGCUCCGCCCGCGCCGCCCACACCUCGCCCGCCGCCCACCACCACGCCCACACCAUCAUCGCACCUACUACCUUCACGCAUUCGGACAAGGUACUCGUCACCACCACAAACCCGAGUGGAGAAGCACUCCCCCGUCACCACAACCAACGCCGUCACCACCUCCAUCACACCAACGCAAGAUUCGCCAAGUGCCCACGUUCCCCGGAAGUAGGUGCGCCCCGGCCUAUGGAGGACUGGAAGGAUGGCCUCCCCGUGCCCUCAAAGUCCGCUAGUAGUAAGAAAAAGAAAUCAAAGUACCGAAAGGACUCUUGGAGCAGCGUUGAAGAAGCUGAAGAGCUGGACCCUAGACAGGCCUUACAUCCUACCACUAUGCCGGUGUUGUAUGCGUGCAAAGAGAUGAGCAGCAGUAUGGGUGAGGCCAUGGCCGCCGCCAGGGACCGUGCCACCCGAUACUCGAGUGUGCAACAGGACACCACCCUGGGCCUCCCCUACCAGGUCCCGCGGCCCGACGGCGAGGAGAGACACCAUACCAGAAAACAUCUCACCGGCUCAGAACAGGAGGCAGAAAUAAUGAGGGAGUACAUAAAGCCACCAGCCAACAAGACCUUAUUUGAUGUAGAUACAGAUGGUCCCCAUCGAUCAUGCUCUGUUGGAGUAUUUCCUACCCAACCAGAGUGUGGGGCUUCACAUCCUGGAGUAACGUACCAUCAUCGUCACUCUGCUCCCCUUGAGACCCGAUCCUCACAUCAUCCAGCAGUGUCUGCAUCAUCGUCUUCAUCGUCACUACCAGGGUGGGGAUGUGGGGAUGAUGGUCGGGGAUCUCCAAGAAGAGGGCGAAAAGCAGGAGGUUCAAGUCAAAAAACACCGUUAAUGUUGACUCCCUUUUCCUCCUCGUCCAAAUAUGAACGGGCACCUCACUCCUCCCAACAAGAGGGAGGUCGAAGGGGAAGCCAGCACCAAGGAAGGUUGGGUACUAGCUCUCCAUCGCCUUCACGUGACCCAAGUAUCUCCUUACCCUACUGCCCAUCAACUAACACCCUGGCAGAUAUUACCAUGGUAUCAGUGCCGUGUGGACCCUCUACUCACAGUUCCAGCUCUGGUCACCUAGGAGGACCAGGUGGCUUCCAAGGAGCUCACAUGGGUAGUUUAGGACUACCAGGGGACCUUCCAAUUAUGUAUGGACAGUCCUCGGAUUCACCCUGCAGUCCAACUGCAGAUCAUGACCUUCCGCCCUUAUAUAGUGACGUGAUGGAAAGUUCCAGCUUGUAUACAAGUGCUAGUAGACCCUCGGAACAAAGGACAAAAAGUGGGGAAAUAUGACCACAAAGUCAUUUACUUAGUCUUUCAAACAUACUUUACAAUAUCACUUAAGAUGUACUUGUUGUAAUGAAAGUUGUUAUAUCCCUUGGGAUGUGAUAGUGUGACAAGUGAUACAGCGCUGAAGCCAGCAGGUGUCUUGGUGCUCAGUGGUGGUGAGCUGGCAUUCAGGCUCACUCGUGUGCAUAACCAACUGCCAGCAUGCAUGUACACUAGGGUGUGCUAGGGCAGGCAGAUGCACUCCUGCCUUGUGCAUAAUUGUGUGUAUGUAGGGAGGGCAUGGAGAUGUGCUAAUGGGCUCACCCAUGGUAAGACCAAUGCACACACAAGGGCAGUUGGGACCAGCUGCUGUAGUGAUGAAUGAAGGAAUCACCAGUGCCUGGGGUCCCAAGGACCAGUGCUAUGGUGUUUGGCAGCAGUGUAGCUCUGCCACACACACUGCUGUGCACAGCUUACAGUCACCAGUUAUGGCUAACAGUGUAUUGUAAGAGUGCUGCAGCAUUUCCAGGGCCAAGUCCCAUAUGUGAUAGGCCUUCUCUUUCUCACUGAACAGGUGAUGGAGUGUGGUGUGUGGCAGUAACUGUGGGUGUGUGGCUGGGCAACCUGUAUAUGGUGUGACAGAAAGACCAGACUCAGGGAACACUGCAAAAACCUAGCUUGUUAUUCCUAGUUUUAAUUGCAAGAAUAAAAUUGCUUUUAUUGUAUUGAUGUGAAAUAUUGUUACAAUCUAAGGUAAAGUUCCCUGAGACUGGGUGGGGUCAGUCAGACCUUGGAGGUGUGGGAGGAUGGUGACAGUGGCAGGUGGAAUUUUAGAACUUAUUCUUACCUUAUGCUGUUCUGGGUAACCACAGAGGUGGGUAGUCAAGCAAAGUGAUGCACCUUGCCUCUAAUUGCAGCCACUUUAUAUUUCCAUUUAAUAACAUAUUGCACACCCCAAGGCUUGGUUAACUCCUGUGAUUGAGUAGUGGGCAACCCUCACUGUUAUUCCACUGCCAGGUAUAUAUAUAUAUAUAUAUAUAUAUAUAUAUACUGUAUAUAGGUUUCGUAAGAUUUGCCUGUAAUUCAUUGUUCUGCCUGUCGGCAGGUGAUAUUCCUUCCACCCCAGCUGCUAAGCAGUCAUUGCAUGAGUGUAACGGAUCUAAGUGUAUAACACGAUAAAUGACAGCAUGUGCAGUCUUUAACCUUAGAACACUGUGAUGGAUAAAGGUUGACUCUUGCAAGAAUAAUUGAUACAGUGAGCCCAGCCACAUCACUCAUGGGUAACCCUUCCAUACUUCUGACUCUUCUCACAGAUUUGAAUAUUAAGCUGUCCACAGUGCAGUGCCACUGGUUUGGUACAAAGCUACAUAUGUCAAAUGCAGAGGCUCUUGUGCCAAGUAUAUCAGCAAUUGUAUUUGAUUUGGUGGCACUUAUUCAUGGAACAGUGACACUCAUACAUGGUAUAGUAACUCUUGUGCAUGGUAUGGUGGCAGUUGUAUAUAGUACACUGGUAGUGUUGCUUUGUAAAGUGGCACUUGCAUAUGAAACAAUGGCACUUAUGCAUGACACUUUACAAGUACUGUGCCAUUUGUACAAAGCUUAGUGCCAUUUGUGACCGUUGAGAUAAUACUGUUCCAUUUUCAAGUAUAAUACUUUUGUACAGAGUUGAAGAUUUCUUAUACUAGGCAUGGUGCCAUUUGUGCCAAGUAUAAUGAUAUAUUUAGUAGAAGAGUAAUACUUAUGCUAGGUUGUGCCACCUAUAAUACUGAUUGUAGCAAGGAUGUGGCCUUUUGUCAGGUGCAUUAUUAUCUAAUGCCAAGUAUGGUGUCAUCUGUGUCCAGCAUAGUACCUAUUGUGUCAAGUUCAGUUCUAUGUACCAAGCAGUGUCACUUGUGCUCAGUACAGUCAGUGGUGUCCAGUACAGCGACACUUGUGCGCAAUACAGUGACACGUGCUCAGUGUAGUGCUAAUUGUUCAUAGUACAGUGUACUUGUGCUCAGUACAAUGCUAAUUGUUCACAGUACAGUGAUAUGCUCAGCACAUCUACUUGUGCUCAAUGCAGUGCUAAUUGUUUACGGUACAAUUACACUUGUCCUCAGGGCCUAGCACAGUGCAACAGAUAGCACAGUAUCACUUGUGUUAAGUGCAAUGCCUAAUGUACUUCAAACACUAUUUUUUGUGCCCAGCAAAGUGCCACUUGUGCCCAGCAUGGUGCCAUUUGCACCUGACAGAGCCACUUGUACCUGACAGUGCCACUUAAGCUGGUACAAUGCAACCUAACAAACACGUUCCUUGGGUCAGGCGGUGUGGCCCCAAAACAAUACACUGUCAAUCUUCUUUCAGUCUCCCAUUCAUUGGUUAUGUCACCAAACAUUUCCUAGGAUUUUGAAAACUCGUACAUGUUAAUAUUGAAUAAUAAACUUGCAUAUUUUAUUUUACAUGCAUAUUUUCUUUAUUACAUAGUAUGACUGUAGAAUACAAAUUAUGCUGCGAUGAUGUGUUGCAUGUGAAAAUUAAAUGAAUUGCCAUACGGUAUGAUGAAAUUUUCUGUACCAAGAGCUAAUUAGUAGGAAAGAAAUUCUAUCCAAAAAUAGGUAGCCAUUUUUUAAGGCCAUGGUCAUUUGCCAAUUUUUAAUUUUGAUUCUGGAAAUACUUUUAAAGAAAACAUUUUUAUGUAAAUAAAGGGAUUGCUACAGUGGCA